CGCGGGUCGGGUUUCGUUUCCAGCCGAGCGGAGAGGCGGCGCGUGGGAUCACGUGAGCCCCGACGUCAGGUCACCCCGAUCGCGGCCGAAAGCGACGCCUGUUUGCCGGCCGCCCGCAACGCGAGCGUCUGCGCCCUGCCGGGGGGCGGACAUGGCCGUUCGCAUCCCGGACGACGCGGACUUCUCCUCCUUCAAGGCUCAGUGCCUCGCCACCCAAGGCUGGUCCAGGCGCUACCACAAGGGAGGCGUCACCGUGUGGUGCCGCCCCGACGACGACGACGGCGACGGCGACGGCGUUCAAAAGAUCAAGAUGAAGAUGGCGUGCGGGGGCGUGAGCGCCGAGACGCUGUACGACGUCCUGCACGACGGCGGCUACCGCAGGAAGUGGGACGCCAACAUGAUCGACGCCUACGACAUCGGCAGGCUGACCGUCAACGCCGACGUGGGCUAUUAUUCCUGGAGGUGUCCCGCUCCGCUGAAGAAUCGGGACUUUGUGACCUUGAGGUCCUGGCUCGCGCUUGGCGGCGACUUCCUGAUCAUCAACUCCUCCGUCAAACACGCGCAACAUCCCCCGAAGAAGGACUUUGUCCGCGCCGUCUCGCUGCUCACCGGCUACUUGGUCCAGUCCGGCGGCGCCGGAGGCUCAUCGCUGUACUACCUCAGUCAGCUGGACCCUCGAGGUUCUCUGCCAAAGUGGGUCGCCAACAGAGUCUCCCAGUUUGUGGCUCCCAAGGCGAUGAGGAAGCUCUACAAGGCCUCCCUGAAGUAUCCCGAGUGGAAGCGCAGACACGAGCCCCACCUGAAGCCGUGGAUGUUUCCGGAGCAGAACGCCUCGCCGCGCAUCAGCGUGUCCGAGUUGACGCCGCAACGCGCCGAUUCCUUGGAGAACAUCGACGAGAGCGGCCUGAGCGAGGACAAGACCAAGCGCGGCGGCGGCGACGACGACGACGAGACUUGAGCGUCUCCGGGCUGGCCGUUUUGGCGGCGGGGGGGCUCUUUGCUUUGCCGUGUUUUCAUCGUGCAAAUAAAUCUGGUCAUUUUCGACGC